AUGAAGCUGUCACGAUUUUUCCAAAUUGUGGAAAUAGAUGAAAUAGUUUUGCUGAAAGAGUUCACAGAGUCUCCCAAGGACACAAAGGUGUAUCUGGGUGAUGUGGCUCGAUUCCGGUGCCAAAUUGCAUCUGUUCCCCCUGCCACCCUGAAGUGGGAAAGGGAUCGGUUGCCUCUACCUCAGAACUCCAGAUACCUUGUAACAAGCUCAGGAACCCUAGAGAUUCAUGAUGUACGCCUAUCAGAUGCGGGUAAAUUCAGGUGUGUGGCACGCAAUGAGGCAUUGGAUCGUGGACGUGUGAGUGCAGAGGGGACAUUGAGUGUGAGCGAGCCUCUAGUGGAUUUGAGGGACUUCCGUCCCCCAACUUUCUUUCCUUUACCUCAACAUGAGACAGGGACACAAGGAGAGAACAUCUCUCUUCCCUGUCUUGCUCUGGGUUCCCCUUCCCCAACCCUCUCCUGGGCACGACAAGAUGGGAAGCCAUUGCCAAGGACGGCAUAUCUGGAGGGGAAAGGGAGUUUGAUACUGGUGAAUGUGUCAGCAAGGGAUACAGGGAUCUAUGAAUGUACAGCCUCCUCUCAAGACCCACGGAAUCCAUCUCAAAUUGUGAUGAAGAAGCACAUCUUGCAACUCACUGUUCAGGUCCCACCUACUUUCAUCAGAACACCUGAGUCAGUGGAACAUCCCAUUGCCAAAACCAUCCGGUUUGAAUGUGAAGCAGAUGGGUGGCCGCAGCCCCAAAUCCAAUGGUUGAAGGAUGGGAAGCCAUUGGCAGUCACAGGAAGAGUCAAAAUCUUGAAAAGGAACCAGCUGGUUUUGAGCAACUCUGUUGUGGAAGAUGCAGGGAUCUAUCAAUGUGUGGCAAGCAAUGCAGCAGGGGUGAGAAUGGCUGCAGCAAAGCUCCAGAUGCAACAGCUAAGGCCAUGGGAUUUGAUUCCUCAGGCCCCACAGAACCUGCGUGUCCAGCUUCUGCUUCCCUCUGCCAUCAUCUUGUCCUGGGACCCUUCCCAUGGUCCCGUCAUAGCCUAUUCUGCUCAUUACUACCCAACUGAAACAUCAACUAAUGAGCUGCAGAAGGUGGUGACAAGUCCACAUGUUACAAUUGAUGGUCUCCUCCCCAACAUCAAUUACACCUUCUAUGUCAGAGCAUAUACCAAUUCAUCUGCAUCUCCCUUCUCAGAGAAAUUUAUUUGGUCUACACAAGCCUCAAUCCCUUCAUCACUACCUGAUGAAGUGAAGCUGGAAGCUAAGGGGCCUCAUAUGCUGUUGGUUUCCUGGAAACUACUGCCUGCUUCUGUAACACAAUAUAAGGUCUUGUGGAGACGUGCAGGAAGUGCUGCUCACAAUGUUGAGAUGUGUCCUGGUGAUACCAAUCGUGUCCUCCUCAAUGGACUAGAAACAGAUGAGGAGUAUGAGGUGCUAGUACUGGAUGGAACAAAGCCUGGCAACCCUGAUGUUCCUUGGUAUCGUGUGCGAAUGCCAGUUCUUGAUGGACCCCUGCCACCUCCAACCUUAUCUGCAAAAUGGAAUAAUGCCACAUCCAUCAUAGCAACCUGGAAGAUGCCGAAUAAUGUAGUUGAACCCACACAGAUCAAGCUCUGGUAUCGUGCAGGCGAUGGAGAGUUUUCUAAAUUCAUAUUCCUUCCUGGGAAUUCCUCCUCAUUCCUUCUUACAGGCUUGGUGUCAGAAAUGUUGCAUGAGGUGCAUCUAUUGGCCAUGGUGGGUCAGGAGGAAGGUCAUGAGACAAUUGUAUUUGUCCCAAGAUAUUCACCUCCACCUACACCUCCUCCUCCACCUACUCCUCAAGCCUCCCCUAUCUCCUCAUCUGCCAUUCUUGUUAAGUGGGAACCAGACUCAAAACCAGUCGACUUCUACACUGUCCACUAUCAUAAAGUUGUGGCACAAGGCUCUGAGCCUAACAGCGCAAAGCAUCUUACCGUCACGGGUCAUGAAGUAGAAGUGAAUGAACUGGAGAGCUCCUCUUUCUAUGCAUUCUGUGUACAGCGACACCAUGAGGGGAAGCAAAGUCUAUGUUCUCAACAAGUUGAGUGCCAGACACUCCCAGACCGACCAGGUUGUCCAGAGUCUGUGGCAUAUCAACCAGUAAAUGAGUCAACUGUACAUGUCUCCUGGCAUCAUCCAGCAGAAGUCAAGAGAAAAGAGAUAAUCAAGUAUCACAUCUUGUAUUCCUCUGACCUCAGGCUACCAAUGGAGUGGAAGUCCCUAUCUAUCGAGGGAAACAACCGCAUGGCCACAGUGGGAGGGCUGAAGCAAGGUGUGCAAUACUUGUUGCGGGUCCAGACUGAGACAAAAGCAGGGAAGGGUCCUCUUUGUGACCCACCAUUACGCAUCUACCUUCCGAUUUUCCAUCAAACAGCAACUCCCACCACUGAGAGGACUGAAGUACAUGUGAAUGGUAGUUAUGCCCAGGAUGAUGAGUCUCAAUGGAUCCCAUUGGGGGUUUUGGUUGGGGUAUCCACUGGGCUUGGUGUGGUAUUGUUGGGGAUUGGGGGAUUCCUUGUCUACAAGUGGGUGUCACGGCAGAGACAGAGAGGGCGAAGACAAGGGAUCGGAGGUGAAUGGGGGAUGAAUGGACAUGGUGAACACCAGGUGAACACCAACACUGCUAUACCUCAUCUACAUCAAAAUGGGAGUGGGAAAUGUCAUCCAAGCCCAGGAGAUAUUGAAAUGGGUCUUCUCACCCCCAUGCUACCUCAGGGACUAUCAACCCCUAUUGCCAAUGACUCCAAGAAAGGGGGAGUGGUGCAGGGAGUCAAUGGCAUUUCACAUCAUGUACUGAGGAGGAAUAAGAAUGGGAAGGGGAGAACCCAUCUUCAUCCUCAUCCACUCAGGGCAUCUCAGGAAGACGACAGUGGUGAGGGGAUGACAGCCAUCACUUGAUUCAUCUCCCCCACCCCCCUUUGUCCUCCUUUCCCUCAAUUCCAAGACGGGUCAAAUUGUUUCUUCUCGUGUGUCUCACACUCAGGAACUUCCUCAAUGGAACAACUCUGUUUUUUUCCCUUUGAUGCGGGUAGUGAGUGGCUCGAUCGAGAGCCCACUCAACUUUCAAAGGUUAACUUUUUUUAUCUUCUGAGUUUUAUUUAUGAAUGAUGGAGGUUAGAGUUUAAGAAAAGUGACCUUGGUUUCCUGGCAAAGUGUGAAUGAACUCAUUGCAGGUGGAAUCACACAAUUUCCCUUGCCUCUUCAAUGCAACCAAGCGAAGGUAUUCCUGAAAGUUUCCGUUUUACUCUCAUGUCUCUUUCACUCUUGAUACCAGCGCCUUUUGUAGCUUCUGUGAAGAAUCAAAGAAUCAGGUGUCAUUCUCUGAGAUGCUCAAGGAAGGUACCUCAUGUUUGCAUGUGUCUAUUCCUUAUUCAUUGUUUGCUUGUCUGUCUCUUGUGACUUGUGUUUUGGGAGCCCAGCCGGAACCGAUUUCUCCUAAGAUCUUAAGUCUCCUACCACCCUCUGAUGCAACGAAUAUUCACUAGAGGCUCAUUGAUGACACCAUGUCCUUGAGAAUGAAGGUGAAUGAAAGAAAAAAAAGGGAAAGUUGAGUUGAGAAGCUGUCCUUCGUCCUGAAUAUUUGGCAAUCGGAUAUCAGGGAAUGUCUCAGGCUCAUUCAGGUAUUCCCCCUACCUCCUUGAUGACUGUUGCGGCUGGGCUUCUGUCUUGAUGAUUCUCUUACUCUUAAUCACUCAAUCACUGAUUUUUAAUCAGGAAAGGAAGGUCAGACUUGAAGGACAUGUAUGACAGUAGUACAAAUGCAAUAGCUUGCUUGAUUGGUUGCAGAAACGAUCCCGGUGAGGAACUCGUGUCUUCUGUCCCUUCCCAGUACCUGCCCCUUUAACAGAGAAAAGCCUCAUUGUUUGCACUCUUAUUUUGUUCUGUUCAAUUCUCACUCUCACAUUCUUUGUGUCAUCAGGUGUCCUAGAUCUACCUCAGAUCUCUUGUCUCUUGCUAUCUCAUCUCUUUUUUUUUUCCCUUCCAACUUGUGUGUUUGUGUGCAACUUCACUAUUCUGGUAAGAACUCAGGGACUUUUUUCAUGAGACAUGUACAAAUCAAAAGAAUAUUUUCACCUCUGUGUUGUUUCUUGGAUGCGACAGAAGUAAGAACUGUCAUCAAUACUGUGCUACCUCUUGAGAUUCAUUCAUGUUAUUAUUCUUUUUUUUCCUUCCUUCCUCUUCUUUCCAUCUGUAUGUCUCAGGUGGAUUUUAGGUUUGAGUCCCUUGCUGUCUUUCUUUUCUCAUAAGCCUGAAUUGGACAUUGUUAUGCAAUAAUUGUCCAACUAACCUUCCAAAUAAGAGUUAAGAUAAUGUGUUCCAACCUGGAGGGAGAAGAGAUUUUACAUGGAUAAUAUCAAAGACCAGCAAAUGUUUUGAAGGUUGGACUUCUCCAAAACUGUUACUGAUUGAAUCCAUAAUAAUUUAUUGCAAGUACAUUGUAAUUGUCAAAGAUAUGCUUGAUAUAUUUUUUCUUAUGUUUCAACCAACUUGCUCCUAGUUCACUCACUCCUGGUUGGUGGUUUUCCAUCUAGUAACAUCAGAUGGUGAGGUACUACAUGAUGAGUAAUGAACUUAUCAGGUCACAGUUUUCAUUUAAGAUUUAUUUGCAGUUUGUCCAAAAUUAUCUGCCAUCUAAGAUUUCCUGUUCAGAAACUUCAUAUUUAAGAAUCUCUCUCCCAAACUGGUUGAAAAUGUCAACAUUGAAUUCUCCUUGCAUCAAACAGGAAUUCAAGGGUACUAUCUGUGCACUGGCAUAUGCCUCUAAGUGCACUGUUAGAGCUUAUGCAUAAUCAAAGAGAGGGAAAUGGAGAGAAUGCAUUUUCUUCCAAAGAUGUAGCGUAUUUGGGUUGAACAAUCAUUGCUUAACAUCCAGUUCAUGAUGUACCUGGAGUUGGAAGCGUGCAUGGUUUUCAAGAGAUCCAGUCUAUAGAUAUGUGGAUUUGAAUGGACUAAGUUUCUGUUAACUUCUCAUUUUAAUUUCUCAUGACAUGGAUAUGAGCAUGCAAGAAUGACUUUUGUCUAGAUGUCCAAGUACCUGGAUUUUUCUCGUGUCCAUAGUCAAUGUAAAAAUGAUAGAGAAAGAAACGCGUGAUUUGAAGAGUAUUUUGAGCCCUUGACUUUUUCUUCAGCUUCCUCACAGGGUGGUUCAUAACGUGAUGAUCAUGUAGUGAAGAUAGCUGAAAUGUCAUCAAUAUCUUAUAUGUUUCUUUUCCAACAAGUGGGACUUCACAAGUGGAACUUGUGAGAUUUGGGAAUUCAUUGGUCAUGCUUAAUUGAAGUGACUAUGUAUUAAUGAGUGAGAGGGUUUUAUCCUCUCAUUCUCACCCAGGGCUAUAUCUGGGGUUCCCAGUGACUUCCCUUGAAUUUACGUUUCUUGCAAUCUACCUCAACGACUUUAAAUUCCAUACAGUAAGGGAGCAGGAGGACUUUGCUCAAGAAGUUCCCGAUACCUGCAUGAAGGAAAAAUUGUCACCCUGUUUGUGCAAUGAUGAUUCCUCCCUUUUCUGCUUUUCCUUUCCUUCAUUGUUUUGUUUUCUUUCUUCUGUCAACUCCUCCCUUGGAGUGGUUAUCUGAGGAACAUUUUCUAGGCCUGGCCAUUUUUAUUUCUAGGCAUUGUGCAACUCUAGCCGGUUGAAUUGUAUAGACCUGGAAGAUGAGAGGAGCUUUCCCUUUGUUUGAUCUUAUUCUGUUCAGGUUGUUUUUGUCUUUUUUCAGCAUGUGUAAUGGGACAUUUAGUUUUAUCUUAUGGAGAGAAUAAAUGCCUAUUCUCUAAACAUGAA